AGCGACUUCAGCGGACAACUUUUAGGAUCCGCUGUCCGCCCGGUCCGCUGACAGACCCCGAGAAUACAAGCCAGACAUUUCCCCACAGUUACAGUCUCAUCCCUGCCUCUUAAUCCAGGCCAGGCUAGACGUGUCGCGCAAUAUCCCCACCACCUUUCGUGGAUUUUUUCCUCUUUUUUUUUUUUUUAACCCCCGAAGCCAAAUUGUCUGGUGCUUUAAGGGAGAAAAAAAAAUCGGUGGAUUGUUCACCAAACAUGACGACAAGAUGUGGAAGUAGGUAUGAUGCGACUGAUAAUGAGGAUUAUUUCUGCAACUAACACAUAUGCAGUGAGGUGCCCUGGUUGCGGAUUGAGCCUGCUCGGUCAUCGAGCUGAGGGGGAGAAUUUGGGAGAAGUCGUGUGGAGCACAAAGAGCGUCUUAAAGCCGAGGAUACAACAAGUUUGGAGCAUGCACCCCCAGUGCUGACAGAGGACUGAUGUGGUAGAGGAGUUGAAGAAGCUGCAUCUUGUUUCUGUCUGUUGUUUUCACCACAACACAAAGUUGGACAAUGCAAAGAAGUUUCCAGCCUGUCCUUGCUAUUUAAAGGAGCUGCAUCCAACCGGUGCUUUCAUAUUCCCAACCAAACCGCACUUAGACAAAGUGUAUUUUUACUGCAGUGUUUUGACCACAGUGUGAGGCUCUCUGAACUGAAGUCCACUUUAAAUGCGGACUGGUUUGCUGCCAGUGAGUGCACAGCCGAGCUGCCAGUGGCACUUGAUUGUUAAUUCAAGGCAAAACAAAAGUCGCUUCAUUAUUUACCUUUUAGUAACAUCACUAUGGAGGUGACAUAUGGGAGCAUUAUCCUGCUGGGCUGCAUCAUCCUGGACUGGGUUCUCCUGGCUUCUGCAGAGGAAGAGGUCCUGAUGAACACUAAGACAGAGACUUCUGAUCUCAAAUGGACAAUCUUUUCACAUGCCAAACCUGAGUGGGAGGAAGUAAGCGGUCUGGAUGAGGAGAACAACAGCGUGAGGACCUAUCAGAUCUGUCAGACCGGCAGCGCGUCCAGCCAUUGGCUGCGCAGCGGCUUCAUCCAGCGGAGAGGAGCGUCGCAGGUUUACGUGGAGCUGCGCUUCACCAUGAUGGAGUGCUCGUCCAGGAGCACCCACCACCGCAGCUGCAAGGAGACCUUCAACCUGUACUACUACCAGGCCGACUCCAACGAGGCCACGUCCUCUUACCCGCCCUGGAUGGAGAACCCGUACACCAAGGUGGACACAGUGGCUGCAGACUUUCUCCUGAGGAAGGGCGGGGAGCGGAAAUUCAAUGUGAAGACCUUAAGGCUUGGCCCCCUGUCUAAGAGAGGCUUCUACUUGGCUUUUCAUGCUCAGGGCGCCUGCAUGGCCCUGCUGUCCGUCAGGGUGUUUUUCAAAAAGUGUCCCCCACUGGUCAGUGUCCUGUCCUCUUUCCCCGAGACCGUGCCCCGCACGCUGGUGCAAGAGGCGCAGGGUGUGUGUGUGGAGCACGCUGAACUGCAGGGGCCCCGACCUCGGCCACCUAAGCUCUUCUGCGGGGAAGAUGGCCAGUGGGUGGGCCAGCCGACCACCUCCUGCGCCUGCAUGAAAGGAUAUGAACCCGCUGAAGGACACACCAGAUGCACAGCUUGUCCUGUGGGUCAGUUCAAGUCGUCCUCGGACGGACAGUGCAGAGGCUGUCCAGGGUUCAGCCACGCCACCACCGGAGGAGCGUCGGAGUGUGCGUGUCGCUCCGGAUACUUGCGUGCAGACUCGGACUCUGCCGACACCCCGUGCACGAGACCUCCCUCGGCUCCACGCAGCAUCGUCACCCAGAUCAACUACACCACGAUCAGUCUGGAGUGGAACGAGCCCCUGGACAACGGCGGCAGACUAGACCAGAGCUACGCCGUCAGGUGCUUCGUCUGCAGGCCGCCCAAAGGCCAGUGCCUCUCCUGCGGGGACAGCGUCAGCUACCGGCCCGCGCAGCACGGCCUGCUGGGUCGUAGGGUGGAGGUGUGGGGCCUGCUGCCUCACACCACUUACACUUUCACCAUCCAGUCCCUCAACGGGGUGUCUGAUGUCAGCGGCAAAGACCCCGCCAGCGAGAGUGUCAAUAUCACCACAAACCAUGACGUGCCAUCGCUGGUGUCUGUGAUUCGGAAGAGUGACUCCACAGAGAGCAGCCUGACUCUGCACUGGUCAGUCCCCGCUCAGCCCCACUACACCAUCCUGCAGUAUCAGCUACGCUACUGUGAGAAGGAACGACGCAGUGAAGAUCAGUGCCACUACACAGAAAGUGACAAAAACCAGGCGGUGCUGACGGACCUCCGCAGGGCCACUCAGUACGAGGUGCAGGUUCGGGCGCGCACCAUGGCCGGUUUUGGCAGCUUCAGUCCUGCAGCCCUCUUCCGCACGCUGCCUGAUGGUCACGACUCUGCCGCCCAGUUCUUAGUACCUGGCAUCCUUAUUGCUGUUGGGAUGCUGCUGCUUGUCACUUUUGUCUUAGUGGCCGCCUACUGCAUACGCAGACACAGCCGAGUGAAGGAUCCAGAGAUAGGCGACAAAAACAGCCAGUACCUUGUCGGCCAAGGGGUCAAGGUUUAUAUCGACCCCUUCACCUAUGAGGACCCUAAUGAGGCCGUGCGAGAAUUUGCCAAGGAAAUUGAUGUUUCCUUUGUCAAGAUCGAGGAGGUUAUCGGUGCCGGAGAGUUUGGGGAGGUGUGUCGAGGCCGGCUGAAGAUCCCGGGGAAAAAAGAAAACUACGUAGCAAUUAAGACACUAAAGGGAGGCUACACUGACAAGCAGAGACGGGACUUCCUGUCCGAAGCGUCAAUCAUGGGUCAAUUCCAGCACCCCAACAUCAUCCACCUGGAGGGGAUCAUCACUGCCAGCUGUCCAGUCAUGAUCCUCACAGAGUUCAUGGAGAACGGAGCUCUGGACUCUUUUCUACGACUGAACGACAGCCAGUUCACUCCCAUCCAGCUGGUGGGGAUGCUGCGCGGCAUCGCCUCCGGCAUGAAGUACCUGGCAGAGAUGAGCUACGUCCACCGAGACCUGGCUGCCCGCAAUAUCCUGAUCAACAGCAACCUUGUGUGCAAGGUGUCCGACUUCGGCUUGUCGCGCUUCCUGCAGGAGAACUCCUCUGACCCGACCUACACCAGCUCUCUGGGAGGUAAGAUCCCAAUCCGCUGGACAGCACCGGAGGCGAUAGCCUUCAGAAAGUUUACCUCAGCCUCAGAUGUGUGGAGCUAUGGCAUUGUCAUGUGGGAAGUCAUGUCUUUUGGAGAGAGACCAUACUGGGACAUGAGCAACCAGGAUGUAAUCAAUGCCAUAGAGCAGGACUACCGGCUGCCACCGCCCCCUGACUGCCCCACCCACCUGCACCAGCUGAUGCUGGACUGCUGGCAGAAGGACCGCUCGGCGCGCCCCCGAUUCGCGGACCUGGUCAGCGCUCUGGACAAACUGAUCCGCAACCCCGCCUCGCUGAAAAUAGUGGCUCAAGAAGGAGCGGGGCCGUCCUACCCCCUGCUGGACCAGCGUGCACCUUUAUCCCUGUCGUCGUGCGCUUCAGUGGGGGAAUGGCUGAGGGCCAUCAAAAUGGAGCGCUAUGAAGACAGCUUCCUGCAGGCCGGCUUCAACUCCGUGGACCAGCUGGCCCAAAUCACCACGCAGGAUCUGCUGCACAUGGGAGUGACUUUGGCCGGGCACCAGAGGAAAAUCCUCUCCAGCAUCCAGACUAUGACCUUUCGGAACAAGAGCACGGCAACUGUGACCUUCUAGCUCACCUGUCUGCUAACCUGGACGUGAAAACACCAGCACACAAGUGCAGCAGAUGUACUGAGAGCUCUCCGGAUCCUCUCCUGUGACCCAUUUUAAACACGGACUCCAACGGAGAUUGGCAGAAUAUACUAAUGACCAGAAAAAAAGGAAAAUAAACAACUAAUGAUGACUUUCCCCAUCGGGAUGAGAGAGUCGUCCAGAGACAGACGAGUCCCUGUCGCCCGCAGAGACCAGAGGAUGGCGUUUGUGUGGAUUCUGCCUCAUUUUUACAGUUUGUGCUCAUUGUUUUUUAUAUCUAACUGAAGUUAGGACCCAAUUAAUGUGCUAAAACCAGGAGGAGAGACGGAUCAGAAUUUACAUUUUGGAAGCUGGUUUGUUAUCCCAGUAAAAAAAAAAAAAAAAAAAAAGCCACCAAAAGAGACGAAAUCCGGUGCCAAUCCAAGUUUCAUAUUGUUGUGUAAUUAUGAAUGAGAACUGCUUUCACCCUAAAUCUAUCUGGAUUACAUUACUGCAAAGACAUUUUUCACAUCAAGACUGAGCAUUUUAACUGUUGGAUUUUACUUUUUCUGUUUGAGUUCAACAUUACCUCCUCUUUACUCAGGUGUGAUGUGUAAUGCAAACUUUGGAGAGCGCUGUACUCAUCCUAAUCAGACAUUUUUCAUUUUUUUCAAGUCUCUCUCUGCUCGCCGGCUCCGUGAGAAGAGACACGCAGAGACAUAUCAGCACUUUUGUCAUUUCAGAGUGAAUUGUAAUCCGCAGUAACUCCAUGUGUUGCUCUUGAGACGCUGUUGGUUGUUUCUACUGCCUCUGUUCCUCCUGGCAGCUCAGUUUUUCUUUUUUUCAUAAGCAGACUAAACAAGGACCAAGUGGACUGAGAGACCAGAGAACACUGUAGAAUUUCUUUUUAGAAAAUUCACCAAGGAAGCUAUCUGGCCUGAAACUUGUUUUUCUUGAUAUUACUGAUGCAUUUUUAAUUCUCUUAUGCUGUAUUCUCCAUCUUCCAGUGCCAUUCAGUCGUCUAUGUGGACUAAAAUGCCAAUUUUAUAAAAGCAGAAAUAUCUCAUGAGUGAUCUUGUCUCAUUAAAAUGUACCUCAAAGGGUUACUUUGACAUUUUGAAGUUGAGUGUAUUAUGUUCCUUCAUGCUGGUUGUGCAGUGUGCAAAAUGGUUUCUGCCUUUAAAUGAAAGCUACACAUAAAUUCAUAAUAAUAGCACUGAAAACGUACAGCUUCCAGCUAAGCUAACACGCUAGCAUAAAGUAUCCACAGGUUUCAGGGUGGGAUCUAAGCUGCUGUUUGAUUGGCAUAGUGAAUUAUUUCCUUUAAGAUCCUGGUUGCUCUUUUUCCCCCCAAAGCUUAAAAAAUAUCAACAUUUUGCAUCGAAAAACCAUGUAGAGCUAACAUGCUAGCAUACAUUAUCUUCUGGUUUCAGGGUGGAAUGCUAACACUGCUAAGCUGCUGCUCGAUUAGCAAAGUUAAUUAUUUUCUUUCAGAUUCUGGUUGCUGUUUUUUACGGAAGAGGAUUAGGGCCAGGAGGAAAAAAAAUAAUUAUGCAAUAAGAGAUUUUUUUUUAAAUAGUUUAGAAUAAUGCCAACUUUUUUAGUUUGGUAAAGCAGACUGUAAGCUACAACCUGAUAUUCCUCAAUAUGUCUAAUAUAUUCACAUGAAUGACAUAAAAGCAGAUUUUCCCAAAACAAUAGUUGUGGUAGCUACUACCAAGAAUAUCUAUAUUUAUGUGUCAGGGGAUUUUAGUACUACUCCACCCUUAAAUAUCGUGGUUGUAGCUCAUUUUUUACAUUGAUGAAAAUCAGGUUGUAGCUUGCAGUCUACCGUGUUGCAGUGUUUCUCUGAAACAAUGUUCCUCUGACUUAUUGACACAGGAAUCAACCAAUCUGUGAAUACUCUCCAACUUUACCGAACAUAAAAAGUUGACCUUAUUCUCAAACUAUAUAAUGAAAAAUCCUCAUUAUUUUUUUUCCUCCUACCAUUCCCCAAUCAUCUUCUGUAGAUUUUGCCCCAAAGCUUAAAAAAUUCUUAUCACUUUACAUAGGAAACCAUACGGAGCUAACGUGCUAGCUUGCAGCCAGCAGUAUUCUCUGGUUUCAGGGUGAUAAUAUUGUCGAGCUGGUGGUUGAUGAGCUGAGUAUCCCCUCACACAUUAUUACAAGUGGUUGUUGAAGAACAAUAACAGACUGGAGUUCAAAAUGUCAAAGUAUUUGCUCAAAGACUUUGCAUCUCACGAAGGAUAAUGCCAGUCUUUUUGACAUUUAGGUCGUGCAUAAUAUCCCUUCAGUGAAUCAGUGAAAUGAAGUUUAAACAGCUACUUAAACAUAUUGUGUUGAAUGCAAAAUGCUAUGAUUGCUUUUUCUUAAUGCCUUCGUGCCAUAGAGCCCAUUUAUGAAAGUUUUUUUUCUGUAUUCAUUUUUGUUAAAUUUAUUUUUUUUCUCAAUUGGCAGUUUCCUCCUUUUUGGACAUUAACAUGGCGUUUUUUAAAUAUGUGAUAAUUAUUGUUUCAAGAGGUUUAAAGUGUAAUUCAUACGCAUUCAAAGUCCAUUCAAAUGUGAUGAUUAAAAGUGAGGUAGAGACUUUAAUAUGUGGUGUCACUGGGCAAAAAUAUAAUAACCUGUCAGCACAUUGUAAUUGAAGCAGUCUGAGAGAAAACUAGACUUCCUCGCUUUUAUUUAACCUGCAUUUAUCUUCGGCCCUAAUCAGAAACACUGGUAUUGUCAUGCAAGAGUCUGAGAGACCCUUUAAGGAUUAUGGGAAGUGUGGUCUUCAUAUUGAAGAUCUCAAUAAAAUCAAACUUUGAAAUAAUGAAUAGAUAAAGUAUGUUUUGAUUACUGUCCUGUGUGUAGGCUAAUCUGUAUUCAGUAUUCAUAAUAAAGAUGCACACCAGUGUUUACCAACAA